AAAUUCACAGAAUUUCGUGAGGUCCUUUAGCCUCCAGUUUGGUAGAGGACCAUCUAGUCUAGUAGGAUCCAUGGAUUGAUGGUUUGCGGGCACUAAUCGACUUCCGACGUGACAUGGCCCGUGCGCACCGCGGGCCAUAACUCAGCUUCCGAUACCCUUCCUCCUCCGUCAGCUCUACACUCUCUCACCACACCACCACGUUUGAAGCCAAACCACGAAUCGCAACCAUGACUUCAUCGAUCUUCUAUAAAUUCAAGAAUUCAAAAGAUAGCGAGCGUAUAGUAUUCAACGGCACCGAUCUGAGUGUUUUCGAGCUCAAGAAGGAGAUUAUCAGCGCGAGCGGCCUCGGCGAUGGAACCGAUUUCAACCUACACAUCUACCCUCAAGAUGACCCUGCUUCCGAGUACAAAGACGACACUACGUUAAUACCGCGAUCCUCUACCGUCAUAGCGAUUCGCCGCCCAGCGCCUCGCGGGCAGGGCCGAGCUGCCAGAUAUGUCAACGGCAAGCCCCCUGUUCGUGCCUUUACUACACAAAGCAAGCCCGUCGCGCCUGCACCUCCCACAAGCAAUGCGACACCAGAAGAUGCUGAGGCCGCGUUUUUGGCUGAGUCGGCGAUGGCCUGGGACGCGCAGAAGGAGGCACUUUCACAUGCAAAGCCCGUCUACCGCAAGAACAACACCAAGAACGUUGUAGUUCCUUCACAUCCUCCUCCUCCAGGCUACGUAUGUCGCCGCUGUAAUAUCAAAGGCCACUGGAUUCAGGCCUGCCCUACGAACGACGAUCCCGACUUCAAACCCGUGUUCCAAGCGAAGCGCACCACCGGCAUACCGCAGUCCUUCUUAAAGAAGGUCGAGAAGCCUGUCGACGAAGAGGCUGCAAAGGGCGUCAUGCUCAACGCCGACGGCGAAUACGUACAAGUCAUGACUGACCAGAAGACAUGGGACAAGUUUCAAGAGAAGACAAAUGCAUCACGAGCGCGCGCAGCAAGCGCUGACGCAGCAAGCAAAGAGCUCCGCGAGCGCGGAUUCGAAUGCCCCAUCGACAAUCAAAGAUUUGUCGACCCAGUCAAGACACCCUGUUGUGGUAAGACAUACUGCCGUGAGUGCAUCGACAAUGCGCUGGCAGACGGUGAUCUGAUUUGUCCAAACUGCGCAAAGGAGGAUGUUCUAAUGGAUGAUCUCGUUACUGAUGACGAUAUGGUCAAGUCUCUCAAGGCAUACGACGCAGAGAAGGCAGCAGAGAAGGAAAAGGCAGCAAAGGCAGCAGUUGCUUCAGAAAAUGAAUCAGUUAAUCAAUCACUUGCUACUGACAACGCAUCUUCUUCUGUCGCAAAUGACGAUACAAAUGCCACCACUACUGCUACUCCAGCAGCGGCGGCGACUGCUGCGGCUGACGAAGUAUCCGAUACUGACUCAACCUCUUCAAAGAAGCGCAAGCAGCCUCCUACAGACAUCAAGCCUCCCACCGCACCGAAAGCCAUGCGUCAAGCGGCCGAUCCCGCCUCGAAGAUGGAGCAGGACUUUAUACAACAGAUGGAGAUGCUCAAGAACGCACCGAUGGGGCCUAUGGGAAUGCCAAUGGGUAUGCCUAUGCCAAUGCAGAUGCCUCAGCAAAUGGGAUUCCAGAACGGCUAUCAGAUGGGCUUCCAGCCGCAACAACAGCAACAGAUGCCACAACAACAAUGGUUUCCUCAGCAAAAUUUUGGUUACAAUCAACAACAGUUCGGUCAGCAGUACAACCAGCAGCAACAGUACGGAUGGGGUGGACAGGGACAAGGGCAAUGGGGCAACGGGCAAGGGCAGGCACAGGGACAACAAGACCCUAACGAUGCGUACGACAGGCAACCGGUCAAUCCUCGAGGUCGCAACCGCAGAUCUCGUGCACCAGAUUUCCGCUACCUUUGAAUACCAAGACAUACACACGCUUCUCUCACCACGUUACCAUGUCACCGCAUCUAAAAUCACACAACACAUCUCAAUCACGACUGCGUCAGCCUUCUAUAAUGAAUAUCGGGACUGGGCGCGUGAUUAUGCGGCGUUUCUUUCACAUUCGUCACGCAGGAUCUAGGGGCAUGCAUCAUGGGCGGUUUGGAAACCACCAGCUUAUCACGGAAGCGAGGGAGUGAGGGGGCAAUUGCCUUUCACUUUUUUUUUCGGCGUUUUGGUACGAUCUCCAAUUUACCUUCUCGUUUCGCGGACUCCAGACGAGCUUAUUUUAACAUGAAAUGCAAAUCAAACUUCAAAACACUUGACUUGACUUG